AUUUGUGUUUUGAGAACUUGUUGGACAAACAAAAUUUUGCAAUAUGCCACGACUUGUGUCACGAGCAACUACAAGGAAGCACAUCAUGAGGGAAGUGUAUGACUACUCACCACCUGCCGAAAAUCAGCAAAUAGUGAAAAUAACGGCAAGCAAAGGGAACAAUCUACACGAAAUAGAGACCGCAGAUAAAACCAGAUUUCUUGUGUCCAUGCCAAUGAGAUACCGCCACUACAUGUGGGUUAAACGUGGUAGUUUUGUCAUAAUACAACCUAUUCACGAAGGUGUUAAGGUCAAAGGUGAAAUUGUUAGAGUUUUGAUCCCCCAACAAAUAAAGAAUUUCAAGGAAGACAAAAUAUGGCCUGCUGCGUUCUAUGACAAACAAGAAUUGGAGGAGAGUGAUGAUGAUAAUGACGAUGAUAUCCCAAUGAAUACUAACAGAGUACAAGCAAUGAUCGAAAUUUACAGUGACAGUGAUUCCAGUGAAGAUGAUCCUAGUGAUAACGAUCAGAGUGACGAUGAUGAUAGUGUUGGUGAAACGUAACCACCUU